GGUUUCCGAAAUGGAGAUCGCAGUAAGACCCGGUGCGGAACAAACUGCUACAUGGCCCCAGAGAUCAUUGAUGAGAUGGCAUACAGCAGGGCCGUUGACUGGUGGGCCCUUGGGGUUGUGUUAUAUGUCAUGCUCAUGUUCCAGUUCCCAUUUGAUGCAGAAGAUGACAUGGAAUUAUUUGAGAGCAUCAGGAACGACAAACCUGCCCUGACAGAGGAAUUGUCAGAGGAAGCUCAGUGCCUAAUACUAAGAUUACUGGAGAAAAAUCCAUGUCAUCGCCUCGGAUCCAGCGAGACUGGUGCUGAAGAGGUUAAAGCCCAUGAAUUCUUUGAAGAUAUUGAUUGGGAAGAAUUUCUUGAAAGAGAACAGAUGCCUCCAUUUAAACCAGAUGUCAGUGGCCUUACAGAGAGUACCAGGCAAUCUGAAUGCCAAGCCUGGGGAUUAAUGCCACCAGCUGAAGCGAUAUCAGCACAAGCACAAGCGUUAUUUGAAGGAUUCGACUAUUCCGCUGAGUGAGAGGCAAUUGCAAGGGGCAGAUAUAUGACUGGAAAGGGCGGGUGGAGGGCCAGUCCAUAUACAAAUCAGAAGCCCCAUUGACUUAAAGUUAAUAUCAGAUGCCCCAAGUCAUCAAUUUCUGAAGGAACAGUCUAAUGGUGGCGCCAAAGUAUCUGUACGUCAGCCUUAAGGGGCAGAGUUCUGGACUGAGAUUAAAAAGAGACCCCGGCAUUUCAAGUACAAAGAGAUCCAAACAGCCCCCUGUGGCAUUUACCAGAAUCUACAGAUUGCCACCCCGGGCCUGCCCCAGAUACACAUGAGAAGCCUCAUUGGUACGAAAUGGAUAUUGGAUUCCCUGACGUCAAGUUGUGGAGGAACAGCCUAAUGGUGGAACAACAGUACCUGCAGGUGAGCCCACGUUCUUACAGAUAAACCCUUUAUAAGUUCAGUUACUCAAAGUCAUUAGUAAAUGUUAUGUACAUGUUAAAUAAAAACAAAUAAUUGCACCAUUUUAAAAGUUUCAAAUGUUUCCACAGCAAAAACGUUGCAGAUUACUACACAAAUGUCUCCAUCUGCGUCAGCCAAAAAAGGUCUAGUACCAAGGUAAGAACCAACUCUUUCAUUUCACACCCAAUAUUUCAAGUCAAAAUGUAUUUUCAUAUUGGACCAACUUGUAUCUGGGCGUUUAGAUGAAAUUGCUGCUGUGUUUCUGUUUCUCAGGAGUGAGAUGGAGCGACUGCGGUCAAAGGAAAUCUCAUUGAGUUCUCCCCUGCGCUCUCCUAGGAACCGGGGAUAAGAAGGAGCUGUUCUCAUAUAUUUCAAGUUUUUCAAAAUAUAUUUUCUAUUAGAUCAACCUGGGUUAUAAUUAAAGGGGAAGUACU